AUGCUGGCGUCGCAGGCGCCCCAGCCGAUCCAACCGACUCCCUCCGUGGCAAUCAUCGGCGGCGGCAUCGGCGGCGCCUUUGCCGCCUGGUGGCUGCGCAAUGCUUCACCGGCGGUGCGUAUCGACGUAUACGAGAGGUCAUCGGCCGUCGGCGGGAGGACGCUCGACACCGGCGAGGGUGACGCCUCCGUGGAGCUUGGCGCCUCGAUGGCCAUCGUGCAGAACCGGUACGUUGCAGAGGCCGCGACUGCACUCGGCCUCUCCAGGCAGCUGCGCAGUGAAGCACGCGGUCGCGGAGGCGGGAGGCUCGGUAUCGUGGGCGCGAACGGGCGGAUUGUGUUCGAGGAGGCGCCAUCCGGCGUGCAGACCGCCUGGCGGCUGCUCUCGCGGUACGGGCUGCGGCCACUCCACCGGCUUCGGCGGCGGGGGUCCGAGUUCAUCUCCAACUUUUCGCGGCUGUACGAGGCGCAAGCCGCCGGGCGCGCCUUCCGCGAGGGCCAGCGACCAAAUACACACGCACUUCACAUCAGCGAGGGCCGGCUGGUGGAGGAGCUGGCUUGGGCACCGAGCGGAGCCCUCUGCUGCUUCACCGCCGUGGCGCCGCUGGCCGCCGGCGGCUCGUCGGCAGCGUUCAGCGUCGUCGGCGGCAACGGCGCGCUCGCGCCGCGGCCUGCUGGCGUGGAUGAUUCUGAAAGGCUGCUCGACCCCGCCUUCUUCCGCGCCCGCGCGGACGGCGAGGCAGACGACGGCGCUAGCACGGAGGAGGAAGCGCUUGCCUUCAACGCCGCCUUUUCGGACCUGCUGACCGCGGCCGACGCCGACGUUCCCUUCCUCUCGAUCGGGCGCUGGUCGCAGCCCUCCCCCCUCGCUGGCCAAUCGACCGGCUCUCCGGACUCGGUCAUAGGCGCGCUGCUCCUGCACCCGUCGGCCGUCGAGGCCGCGACGUCGGCCAUGGAGGUGGUAGCGGUGAGCGGGGCGAAUGCGGCGCUGCUCGUGGCGCAGCGGAUCGGGGGGGCGCAGCGGCGGCAGGGGGGUGGAGGGGAUGGGCACGACAAAGUCGCGCCGCGGGACGAGUUGUAG